UUUCGCUGUUUCACCACCCAAACAAUUUUCAUAUAUCAUUUCUUUUCUUGUUCCUGUAUUUUCAAACAGGCCAUGAGAGAGAGAUAUAACAUAAAAGCGAGAAAGUCUCUAUAACCUCUCUGAAAUUUUCCUUGAAAAGCAAAGCAAAUUAAUGAAAAUGUCGGUUUCCAUUUUCUUCUUCACACUUCUACCUUUACUAUUCCCCUCUUCUCAUUGCACCACCAUCACAGUUGAUGGAUCUUCAGAGUGGAAGAACCCCACUGUUCACGUUGGAGAUUCCAUCAUUUUCAAUCACAAGCAACACUACAACAUCUACAUUUUCAAGAAUCAGAAUGCCUUUGAUCUCUGCAAUUUCGCACAAGCCACUCUUCUCACCAAUCCCAACACUGCCUCCUACACGUGGCAUCCAUCACGACCUGGUUUCUUCUACUUUAGCUUCAAUGGUGGGUCUCUCAUAGCAUGCCAAGCCUCUCAGAAGCUAGCCAUUGAGGUGACCUCAGCAGUUGUAGCAGCCACACCUCAAGCUUCAGCAUUGCCUCCAUUUUCUGGUGAAGUGUCACCAUCUCCUUUUUUUCCAUGGCAUUUUAAUACUCUACAAGAGGGUUCACCUGGUCCUUCACCUUCAUCAAGUGUGGCAACAGCUCCGUUGGAACCGUAUCAAAGUGGCAGCGUACCCUUCAUCAGCAGCAACCCUGCAGUGCCUCUUCCCACUGAUGAAGUUGACUCUGCUACUCUACACCCUCUUCCCACCUCUAGUAGCCAUCGACAACAGGUGAUGAUUGGAUCAUUUGGACUUGUAGUAGCUGUGCACACAAUUACUUCACUGCUGCUUUAAAAUGAGUGAGAUAGAGAGUGUGAAUAGGGUUUCACCAGGGACUCUGAUUGAGUCUAAAGUAGCUCUAAGAAAUUAUUACACCAUGUAUUAAGAUGCUCUUACAUUAUCUUUCAAUUGGUUUUUGCCACUUUUCUUGUUCUUGGAUUCUGGAGCACAAUUGAUUACCAUAUUUGCUUUGACAUAUAUGCCUCAAAUUAAUCCCCUCACCACAUGUGAGUGUGUCACUUUCUGUGUUCAUAGUACAUUUGGGUCCCCAACAACACCUAUUAAUUCAUAGUGUGUCCAUCCAGCUUAGCCUAGUUGACCAAUGUAUGGUUCAAUAAAGCCACAUGCUGGUGGGGAGCUAUGAAGUGUGCUGUGUUUCUUUUUCACCACUUGAUCACUGACAGAAAUAAAUUGCUGGUCCAAUAAAGCCACCAUUCCCAAGUUAUCCUCAAAACUAGUC